GGAGCGAUCGGAGAAAAGGAAAGAUCCCUUGAUUGAGCAGCGCAUGCGCAGUUUCGACACGCGGUGAUAUUUGGCGUGACAAACGGACCUCUGACGCGACAAGAUGAAAGACCAAUUUUUAGCCGGCCGACUGUAUGUGGGCAGCCUCAAUCAUAGCACGACCAAGGAUGACGUUGAAAGAGAGUUCGGCAAAUAUGGUCACCUCGUUGAUAUCUGGAUGGCGCGCAACCCUCCUGGAUUCGCGUUUGUCGAGUUUGAAACGGCUGGACAAGCAGAAGCAGCACUGAAAGAGCUCAACGGUCGCACCUUCUUGGGUAAUCGCAUUAUGGUGGAACCAUCUCGUGCCCAGAAUGGUCGUGGAGGUCGCGGUGGAGGAAGCGGUGGAGGAAGAGGUGGUGGCGGCGGUGGUGGAGGAGGAGGAGGAGGAAGAUACGAUAGCAGACGAGAUGGUGACAGAGGGAGAACCGGGGGACCACCUAGAUCCCCACGAGGCCAAUAUCGAGACUACCCUCCUAGCGAUUAUGGUCGCAGUAGCGAUUUUAGUCGCGGUGGUGGCGGCGACUUUAGUCGUGGUGGAGACUUCGGCCGUGGUGGAGGUAGUAGUUACCGAGAUGAAAGCAGAGGGUCCAGAUAUGGUGAUUCCUACAGCAGCUACGCAGAGACAGCAUAUCGCAGCCGCUCACCGAUUCGUCGCAGGAGUCCUGCUUUUGCUGCUCCCCCUCCUUCAAGAGGCCGUGAUUAUGGCGGGAGGGAUUAUGGUGGUGGGCGUGACAUAGGCAGCAGAGAUGCAGGUAGCCGUGACUAUACCAGACGGGAACCAAGAAGAGACUACGAGAGGGAACCCAGAGACUAUGCAUCAGCUCCCUCUGCCAGCAGCUACGGUGGUGGACGACCAGAGCGAUCUCCAUAUGAAAACAGAGGAUCUGACAGAGGCUAUGAAAGAGGAGGCUUUGAUCAAGGGGGUUAUGAUAGACCCAGCAGACGUUCUCCUCCUCCAAGACGCUAAAUCCCUCCUUUCAAGAUUUGUUGAUUUGAAAAUUAAUAUUUUCACAAAUUCCAUUAGCAGUCUAGAAUGUGGCCAACUUCAGUCGAAUUGGACACGAUGCGAUGCUGAUUUUUGUUGUUUGAUGUACAUACAUGAUCAUGGUGUUGAUAUUAGAGUUUUGUCAUUGCCCUUUUUAUGAUUGGAUCAUUGUUAUUGUAUUGAUUCCCAGUUCAGAAUAUUCUUGAGGAAUUUGGAAGCAGAAUUGCCAACAUGCUUUGAGAUAGUUGCAUCUAACAAAUGAAUAAUCGCUUUGAAUUAAUUGUAUAGUGAAUAGAAGAUUAAUAUUCUUUACUGCAAAUUAACUUUUAAAUUCCUUAAUAUUUGAAUACCCUUGUCAAUUUUUUUAUAGCUGUAUUCAAGUAUUGGUUGAAUUUAUUUUUAGGUGCUACGCAUUAAAUUUUGACACAACACAAAUAACAAGGUGUUUCUUAAAACACGUUUCACUAUUCAGUGAGGAAAAACAUUGUUUACAGGUGAAUAAUCUGUCUAAAACUGUUUAUAGAAAUCUUAGUGGUCUCUUGGCACAGAUAGAUCUGUUAAAAUUUGUCAUUAAUGAAUUUAUUAUGAGAUUACUAAAUGUUUAAAAAAGUUGUUGAUUUUCCCUGGUCCAUGCUAUGUUACAAUCAAUUUAUUAUAACUAUUUGUGUUUGAUACUCUUUUAUUAUUUGUUUCAAUAAAUCUAGGUUAAAAGAUUACAUCAAUCCGAUAUGUAGUGCAGAGGAUUAAAUUGAGAAUUUGUAAUCUUUCUUUCCUCUAAGGAUUUAUAGAGUACACAUGUACAUGAUAAUUUCAAGUACGUCCACAUCUUUCCCUAAAUAAUCUUUUACGAUUAAACCUUGGCUCAACCAACACUAACAGCGGUAUGAUGUACAUAGCCCCCUCCCCCCCCCCCACCCCCAUUUUUGUUUUACUACUAUGUUCCUCUUACCCCAAUUAUUGUUACUAUUUUUUAUAUUUUGUUUAUUGUUCGUGUAGAGCUUUGGUUAAAUGAGCAUACCUGUAAAAAGUACUGAAUAUAUUCACUGUAUUUUGUUAUUGUUGUUCAAAGUGUCAUGUGUUCUAUUCAAUUUGUAAUUACUGCUGUCCAGACCAGAAUGCAGGUUACAUCAUUUGUUAUGUUUUGUGAGCACAGGGUAGAAUCUCGAGAGUAUCUAAAAAAUGUCCAGGUAUCAUGUUCUGCAUGUACAAAUCACUGAUCGAUAUGCAUUUUAGGGUUAAGCUUGCGUUAAUGUAGCACAAUGGAUAAGGUAUGCGAUCCAGCUAAACUAUUUGUAGCAUUAUUACAAUAUCUCCUAUUAUUGCAAAUCAAUGCAGGCUUGGAUCAAACUACAAUACAGGGUCUGCCUUGCAAAUUUGCAAUUGGUUAUUACUUCACGCUAUGUGUUGUAAAGGGGCUUACCCUGUUUUUAGUCAGUCAAUUUUCAGUUAAGAGGUGGAUAAUGUGCUUUGAAACCUGGCAUGAGGAUGCAUUUAAUUAAUUAUACCUGUCUCUUAACCCAGGUUGUCAUUUAGGGAUAAUCAUACCUAGUAGGAUUUAUUACCUUGUGCGCUCUUUGUGGUCAUAACAGCUGAAGGAGUUGGAAGUUGUUGAAUUGUCUACACGGGUCACGAGGUUAUUGUUUAGUACUGUAUUCGAUAUCCAUUUUACAUUGUUGCCAUUCAAUUCACAAUUUUUUUCAAUUGAUACAGUCAUGAGCGACAUUUUAGAUUUUUGAUCUAAUAUUGUGUAAUACUCCUGAAUAAUUUUGAGCAAGUGGAAAAAAAGAAAGGAGAGAAAACCUGACCCAUUCACUUUAUUUUUGUAUACAUUUACAAAUUACGAUUAUAUUUUGGUAGUUUGGGGAUGAUCUCGUCAUCAUCCUCCAGUAUCAUAAUGUUUUGACUUUGUUGUGAAGUAAAAUGUUUGAUGAAUGGGCGUGCUUUAAAUUCUCUCUUUAUUUCAUAACUACUCUUUGUAUUUCUCAAUGAGACAGCAAAUGCUAUUUUCUUCUAUUUUGUUUUAUAUAAAAGAAGCAUUCAUCCUCAUAUGGCACAAAAAGUAGGCAUAAACCAAUGCGCAUGUAGUAAACAAUCAUGCAACCACUCUCUGUUGGGUUUUGCACAUUAUUCCAAUCUGAAAAGUAUUAAAUGUGAGAUAUUUCAAAUUUUUUCCAAGUGAGUUCUCAAUUACUUUGCAGACAUGUAGUACCAUGCAGUAUUUGAUAUGCAAGUUAAAAUUAUGAGUGUUAUCCAGUAUUUGUCAACAUUUUUGUUUAUCUGUAAAUUGUUAACGCGAAAGAGGUACAGGCACACGAAAAGGGAAAUUGAUUCCUCCCAUGUUUGUUGGUUUUAUUGUCAUCGCUUGUAAGUGACUUUUAAAUAUUAGCAUCGACUAUUUUUCUUGUGUCUUUUUAUAAUAAAAUUGUGAAAAAAAGAACAUAAACAAAAA